AUGGCUCGAGUACUGCGAUUGGCCAUUCUAGAAUGCGAAGCGACUCUGCCCAAGGCCAAGGCCGCCCGUGGCUCAUACGGUGACAUCUUUGAAGAUCUCUUUAGGCUCGGACUCAAAAACCUGGGCGAUGCGGCCGCCGAUGUGCAGCUCCAAGUGAGCAAAUGGGAUGCCAUCAACGGGAAAUAUCCCCAGAAUGAGGACGUAGACGCAAUCGUCAUGACUGGAAGCUACGGCACGGCAUUUGAAGAUGUUCCUUGGAUCGUGGCUCUGGUCGAUUACAUCAAGGACGCCCUGGAAUCUACAGACAAGAAAGUCGUCGGCAUUUGCUUCGGCCACCAGAUCAUCGGCCGCGCACUCGGAGCCGACGUCAACCACAGUCCAGGCGGGUGGGAGCUUUCCGUCGGAAGCAUUGCCCUGAACGAGCAGGGCCAGAAAUUCCUUGGAACUCCGUCGCUGGAGCUGCAUCAGAUGCAUCGCGAUGCCGUCCUCACAGUCCCGUCUGGAGUCACAAACCUCGGCUCUAGCGCUUCAUGUCCCAUUCAGAUUCUCCACAAGCCAGGGCGAGUGCUUUCUUUCCAAGGGCACCCGGAGUUCGACGAGCCCAUCAACGACGAGCUUCUCAACGUGGAGCGCAACACGCUUGGCGAGGAAGCAUUCCAAGACGCCAUCAAGCGUGUCGACCGCCCGCACGACGGAGUGCGUUUGUCUAGCAGGAUCAUCGAGUUCUUUCUCGACAGCGGGAAGUGGAAGAAUGGGGAAGAGUGA